UCUUCUGUGGUGUUAUCUCUUCAGCUGAAGUCAGUGAUCCGUACUGAUUGUGAAUGAUGAAGAUGAAGAUGUGUUGAUGUGUUUCAGAGGACUGAGGAUGAGUCUGGUGGUCUGGGAUCAGCCUCAGGCUCUGGGUGUUUACUGUGAGGAGGACGAGUGGACGUCUGGGAUCUGUGACUGCUGCCUCGACAUGAAAGACUGCUGUCUGGCGUUCUGGUGCUGUCCCUGCUUUGCCUGUAGGACCAGUAGACGGUUGGGUCAGUGUCUCUGUCUCCCUUUGCUGGACGUCUGCGGCUGCGUCCGUCCAAUCACCAUGUCCAUGAGAGUCUCCAUCCGCCAACGCUACGGCAUCAGAGGCAGUCUGUGCAGAGACUGUUUGUGCUCGUCCUUCUGUCCUUCCUGUGUUUGGUGUCAGAUCACCAGAGAGAUAAAGGACAGGCAACUUCCCACCACACUGGGUGACAUCAUCCACCGCUGAUGACAUCAUCCACCGCUGAUGACAUCAUCCACCGCUGAUGACAUCAUCGCUGUGACUGAGGUCUCAUUGGUUGUGACUGACACCAGCAAUCAAUGAUGUCAUGUGUUAUGAGUAUGAAGUUGAAUAUUGUUCACAUGUUUACUGAACGUCUAAAUUUUAUUAAUUUUCUGAUUUAAACUAACUGUAUUUUUAUUUGUUUAUCACAUUCUUGUUUGUUUUUAUACUUUUUCAUUUAUUUAAAUUGAUGUAAAUGAUUUGUACUUCUUGUCCCAUCACAUUGUACUAAUGUUAUAUUUCUGUACUAACUAAAUACUUAAUGUCACUUUUUACUGAAUAGAAUAUUAUAUUAUAAUUCUAGAAAUCACUUUAUUUACUGAGACACUUUUCUUUUACUAAAAAACAACAGAAACCAAAAAUAAUAAUAAAGGAAGAAGGAAUAUAGAUAAUAUAUGUUAAGAUGAGGCAGACUGUGAAUCUGAAUUUUAUAUUUUACGACUUUUAUAACAGAAACAACAGAAACAAAAGAACACAUUAAAUAUAUCUAAAACUAGACUAUUUACUGUUUGGAUGUUUUACCUGGUCCUGAUCCAGUCUCAGGUUAGUCCUGAUCCUCUACAGACCUCCAUCAGUAACCAGACCGUCAGAGAGAAGAUCGUCUGUUUCUAUAAAGUUAUUCUUAAAGCUCGUCAUUUCUAUCUGUUCAUUAUACGCAAUGUUGUGUAACUAUUAUUUCGUUUUAUUACAGUUUUAAAUGUAUUGAGGUU